AUGGUCAAGUUCUCCCAUGGAUGCUGGCAUCCAGCACCAAACACCUUGAUCGACUGGGCUGUCGAGGUGGUCAAGGCCGAAGCACGAGACGACCAUCUUCAUUUCGUGUCGGCGUCCAAACCCAUCAAUUUUCGAGGCGACAUUUUGAACAAUCCCACCUUGACGCAUGAACUGAGCUCGCCCAUUGACGAUGUCUUGUACAUGUCCUCCACCCACUGGAAGGGCGCCAGGGCUCUCACCCAGGGUCCUCAUUUUGAACUGUACCCGGAUGGAAAGUCAUCCCACGCAGAAACAGUCAAGACCGCCAAAACCGCCGACAGCCUGUCACUGGAGGUGGGAAAGCUCAGGGCCACGGUCGACACCAGGCCGAAAUCGUUCAACGUCGACUUCCAUGCCGGGGGCAAAUUCCUGACCCGGCUCGGCUGGCGGUCGGUAGGCUAUAUCAAGCACAACACCACGGCGCUCCACCCUAAAGCCAACUACACGGAUCCCAACAAAGGCGAGCGGUGGACGACGUACCAGCUUCAACUGAGCGUGGGCGAGAAGAUCUACGGCCUCGGCGAGAGAUUCGGCCCGUUGCAGAAGAACGGCCAGACCAUCGAGCUGUGGAACGACGACGGCGGCACCGGAUCCGAACUCACGUACAAAAACGUGCCGUUCUUCCUGAGCUCCAAUGGCUACGGCGUCUUCAUUCCCACCUCGGCCUUCGUCUCCUUGGAGGUCCAGUCAGAGCGCACAACCCGCCUCAAUAUCGCGGUGCGCGGCGAGCAGCUGGCCAUCAACCUGAUCCACGGACCGGAUCCAAAGUCAGUCCUGCAGAAAUAUGCCCUGAUCACAGGCAAGCCGGCGCUGCCUCCCGCCUGGACGUUCGGGCUGUGGCUCAGCACCAGCUUCACCACCGAGUACGAUGAGGCGACCGUCAAUUCCUUUUUGAACGGCAUGCGGGAGCGCGACAUCCCCGUCAGUGUCUUCCACUUCGACUGUUUCUGGAUGAAGGGCUUUGAAUGGUGCGACUUCGAGUUCGACAAGGACAUGUUUCCCGACGCCAAGGGCCAGCUCGCCCGGAUCAAGGAACGCGGCCAGCGCAUCUGCGUCUGGAUCAACCCGUACAUCGCUCAAGAGAGCAAGAUCUUCGACGAAGGCGCCGAGAAGGGCUACUUCAUCAAACGCAAGUCGGAUGGUGCCCCGUUUCAGUAUGACUUCUGGCAGGCCGGCAUGGGCUUCGUCGAUUUCACCAACCCAGAUGCCUGCAAGUGGUUCCAGAGCAAGCUGCAGAAGCUGAUAGACAUGGGCGUCGACUCGUUCAAGACCGAUUUCGGCGAAAGAAUCCCCACCGGCGACGUCGCCUACUUUGACGGAUCGGAUCCCGACCGAAUGCACAACUACUAUGCCUACCUGUACAACAAGGUGACGUUUGAAGUGCUCGAGCGGAAUUAUGGGAAAGACCGGGCAGCCUUGUUUGCUCGAUCCGCCACCGCCGGCUGCCAGCAGUUCCCGGUUCAUUGGGGCGGAGAUCCAUACAGUACCUACGAAGCCAUGGCCGAGACGCUGCGAGGUGGCCUCAGCCUGGCCCUGUGUGGCUUUGGAUACUGGGCGCACGAUAUAGGUGGAUUCGAAGGCAAGCCAGAUCCGGGCCUGUUCAAGAGAUGGAUUGCGUUUGGAUUGCUGUCGAGCCAUUCUCGCCUCCACGGAAGCGGAAGCUUCCGAGUGCCUUGGCUGAUUGACGAGUCCGGUGAGGCCGACAAGGUGCUGCAGAAGUUCGUCGGCUUCAAGCAAUCCUUGAUGCCGUAUCUAUUCUCCCAGGCCAUCCAAACUCACAAGACUGGCGUCCCCAUGCUGCGAGCGACCUUCUUGGAAUACCCCGACGACCCGGUUUCGUGGUCGCUCGACACCCAGUAUUUCCUAGGCGACAGCGUGCUCGUCGCGCCAGUUUUCAACAACGAGGGCAAUGUAACUUACUAUGUCCCCGAAGGCGAAUUCUACAGUCUGCUCGACGGCAAGAUCCGCCAUGGUCCUAAAUAUUUCACCGAGCAACACGACUACUUCUCGCUCCCCGUCCUACUUCGGCCGGGCUCCGCCAUUGCGCUGGGCAAAGCCGAAGGAGAAACCGUCUAUGACUGGAGCAAUGGCGUGAAACUCGUCGUGAACCACACUCCGGAUCUCGACAAGACAGUGGAGAUCCCAAACCACACCCGGCCCGGCGAGAUUGUGGCAUCGUUGAGGGUCAGGGGGACCGAGGAAGGCCUGACUGUAGAUGUCUCGACAGGAAAGCUCGCGAGCGAUUGGGAACUGUCCGUGGUCAACAAAUCUGUAAAGAACGUCUCAGUUGAUGGAAAAGAACAAUCGGCGAAAGGAAGCACCGUGGCUGUGAAGUCACCGGCAAAAACCGUCAAGGUCAGCUUCUAG